AUGGAGAAUGGAGGACAUGAAUUACUAGCGGAUCCAAACCUGGUAGAGAACUAUUCGGAUAUUCUAAAGAAAAAACCGGAUCGGAUGAGUACUGGUGGAAGUGAGACUGAUUUUGAUAGUGAAAGUGCCAGCGGUAGCGUUGUCGUAACACGAUCUUCAACAAACACCUCACCGGCGAAGCAGAGAAGUAGUAUGCUCAGUAACUCUUCAAGUCAUUACUCUCUUCGUGGUGGGAACGAUGUUAUACAGCCUCGUGAGGGGUUAGAGGAAACAGUAGAAGAAGAUGAAGAAGAUGAAGACGGUGCUGAAGAAGUAGAAGAGAAGGAAAACACGGGAGAGCUGCAUCAUGAUGAUGAUACUACGAUUGAAGAAAUUACCAGCAAUAAGGUUGAGUCGCCUAUUGGAGAGAUGACGCAUGACUAUGAGUAUUCGGACUCUGAUUUUGAAGAGGAUAUGGAGAAAAGGCUGCAGGACUUGAAUGCAAGUGGAUCUGAUACAGAUCUCAGGAAUACCGUGAAGGAAGAGAACGAUUCAGACCACAUGAUACUUGGUCUUUCGCUCUCUGAGGACGAAGAUUCUGAGGAAGACGAUAAACUCCAUUUGGGAUUAGAUGACGAACUAGUCGAAUCUUCCUCCGAUUCAGACGACUAUCAACCAUUGUCUCCUCCAAAAGAGUUGGAUCCAGAGAAGCUUUAUGCCCUUUAUGCCUUCCACGGUCCUGAUCCCUCUCAUUGUCAGUUGAGGCAGGACGAGUCAUGUACUCUGUUAAACGAUCAAGAUUCGUACUGGUGGCUAGUUAGAAGAUCUUACGACAGCAAGAUCGGUUUCGCACCAGCGGAGAUCCUGGAAACAUUUCCAGAAAGACUAGCCAGACUCAAUUGUUGGAAAAAUGAAAAUAUGUCAUCACAGCUAUCAGGGCAUUCAGCUGGCGGUGAUGAAGGCCUAGAUGGCAAGGGAGAUCAGGAGACGGGAACUUCGUCGUCUGAGGGUUAUGACUCAAAUGACAAACUUGAAGAGAAAGGCAGUAAAUCAUCGGUUUUAAAGAAUUACGUCAAGGAUAAUAAGUCAGUAAGCUUCAACGAUGUGGUCAGCUACGCGGACCGUUUUCUCGAAGAAGAUGUUAACGCUGACGACACUGUCGAUGCUGUGCAUUACGAUGAGUUCACGGAAGCAGAUAUGAAAUUGAAUCGACUACCAGAAGAAGACGAGUUCAGUGAAGUUGUCAGCGACGUAUCUUUCAACACAGCAAGCAUGGCUCCUCUAAACGUGGAAAAGGUCAGACGACCUAAGAUCGAUUCUAAUCAAGACAAAGAAGUUAUCCCUGAUCCCGAGACCUCUAAUCCAAAACUCUCAGCAAAGCAAGAUAAUACAGACAAACCUGUAAAAGACGAGGGCGAUGACCUACAGAAGAUAUUUGAGGCACCUACUGCACCUUUCCAUAAGGGCCAGAACGGCGGGAAUCGUAUGCAAACGUCAAACUCAGACUACUCAAUUUCAACCAUUGGCGAUUUCUCGCCGUCCUCUUCCGAGUGGACCAAUGAUUCGCCACAACUACAAAAUGAACAAUUUGGAGCGGAAUCAGAUUCAUCUACGAUACCAUCGUCAAGGGCAAUUCAAGACUUCUCAAAAUACGUUGAGGAAGAUGGAAAAAUAGAUAGUGACACAACAUCACAGUGCAAAUCCCUGGAAACUAAAAUUGGUUCCAAAAAGCUCGACGGUAACAAUAGCUUGCAGGAUAGCAAGCCAAAUAGCAUCGCAUCCACUUCAUCUUCAUCUGAGCAGAUCUUCAUGGACUCUGAAAGAGUAAAUUCUUGCACCAGCAUCAACAGCGCAGCUUCUGUUUCAAAAAAUCCAUUGCAUGUCAAGAACACGGGGAUGAACAAACGUCAUCCUCUAAUUGAUCGAUUGUACAAUCCCAUUUUUGAUAAAAUGGACGAACUCAUGAGACUACUCGAUGAGGUUGCCAACGAAUGA